AUUUUUUUUAUUUUUUUGAUGCUUCAAUAAUUAAAAAAUAAUAAUUGUGGGAAUGUUAUAAGCACCCCUACGUUUCGAUGAGUUUUAACAAACACCCUUAUCCAUUAUGUUUAUACCCUCCAUCUUCGAGAAGGAAUACUGAAAAGAAAAUUCUUCCAUUUUUAACCUCUGUUACGAAUAGCUUUUUAGGUUCAGUUGGAGAGAAAAACUGAGAGAACCAAAUACAGUCGAACUCCGGAACCACUAUCUCCAUCGUCGCCACCAUCAUUCGAGCACCACCUCUAAUUACGCCACCAUCACAACCAAUCCCAUCAAUAGUUCCAGCGCCACCUCUUAUACUUCCACCAAAUCCGCCACCAGCACCAGCACCAGCACCACCAUUUCAUAAACAAUCGAUUCAGAUCUAUUUUUAAUUGAUAAAACUUCAAAAAUUAAAUUUAUUGAUGAACUAAUGAGAAACUAAUCUCUAAAACCUAAUAUCGAGCAUCAGAAGCGUCAGAUUCAUUUCGAUCUCAACUGAAUUGUACACGAAGUUCCAAAUUUGUAAUGUACUUGAUUCCGUUUUCGAACCCUAAUGUUGGAUCUCAUUCUUCUUCAGAUCGAUUAUAGAUUCAGGUAAUUGAUUAUCUUCUUCUUCAAUUCUUUAUUUUGAUCCGAAUUGACUCAUUGAAAUAGAAUUUAACGGCUUUUUUUUACUUGAUUUUCAAUUCGUUAUUUUCUUCUGUGUGGAAAUGGGAUAGUAGUGUUGAUAGGAUUAGUUUUUGUCUAGUUUUUUGGUUGAUGCUUUGUCACAGGAUGCAAUGGGGAGGGCCUUCCCCCGAUGUUACCAAAAAAAAAAGAAGGGAAUGUGUGAAGGUUUCAUGUGCAUCCAAUUUACCAAAAAAGGUUUCUUCUAUAAUAAAUUCCAGUUACCAAAAAAAAAAGGGAAUGUGUGAAGGUUUCAUGUGCAUCCAAUUUAGAAGUCUCGGAAAUCAGAAACCGACUGAAAGAAGAGGUUCCAGAGAAGAAGGGCGACGCCGCGGAUUCUAGGGUUUGAGUUCAACACACUUUGUAGUCUAAAUCAUGUCGACACCAAGCAAGAUGAUAUCAUUAAAGAGUUCAGAAGGCGAGAUUUUUGAAGUCGAGGAGAUCAUCGCUCAUCAUUCAUUGACCAUUAAGCACAUGAUCGAAGAAGAUUGCGCUGAUAAUCCAAUCCCUUUGGCUAAUGUGAAUAGCAAAAUCUUGAAAAUGGUUAUCGAGUACGGCAAGAAACACCGCGAGAGUGGUGGUGAAAUUACUGAGGUCGAUGAGGAAACGCAGAAGUGGGACAAGGAGUUGGUGAAUGUUGAUCAAGAAACACUUUUCCGUCUACUCAUGGCUGCAAAUUAUCUCAACAUUAAGAACUUGUUGGACUUGACAUGCGAGACAGUUGCGAGCAUGAUUAGGGGUAAAACGAUACAGGAGAUUCGAGACACGUUUGGGAUUAAGAACGAUUUCACCCCCGAGGAAGAAGAAGAGGUUCGUAACGAAAAUGAAUGGGCUUUCAAUUAAGUGAAUUUAGCAGCGGGUCUCCAUCUUUAUUUUAAUUACUUGUUUUCCUUUUGAGUAGAGUAGCUUACAUCAGUGCUGCUGUUCACUGAUUAUAGACAUAGUAGUAGUUGUUACUACAUCGGUGUUUAACCUAACUUUGGAUUUUAAUUUUAGUUUGAUGGAAGCAAUAUCUUAAUUUUUUGUGUGAAUUUAUGAUUAA